UCUUGAAAAUCUCAUCCUAGCCCCACUGUAGCCGACAUAUGUCCGUCAGAAGCAUAGAAGGGAUAUACAUUUACAGAGGUGUUGAAGCUAUCAGUGGCAAACUUGCCCGGCUUUCAGCCUCGGAUGCGGUGGGUAUUGUGGCGGGUACGGCGGUCGCUUAUUACUUGCUGCAAACCUUUAUUUGUGACCCACUACACAACUUUCCGGGCCCUUUCGGCGCAAAAUUAUCCCGUAUUUACGAAUCCAAAGUUAGAGCAAGUGGUAAAGAAUAUCUGAUCACCGAGGGACUGCACCAAAAGUACGGGAAUGUGGUUCGGAUUGGUCACAAUACCCUAUCUAUAAAGGAUCCGGAAGCCAUAAGACAGAUUUACAUGUCAGAUAGAUUUGUCAAGUCACCUUUUUAUAAAGCUUUGACAUUUGAUCGAGUACAUCAGCUUACAUCCACCGCCGACCCAGAGGAACAUGCAAGAUUCCGAAAGAUUAUGGCACCUGGAUUUUCUCAAGCUCGGUUGGACGAGCUAGAAGAUGUGAUUAUGAAUUCUGGUGUGGAAGCAUUCUUGAAAAAGCUGGAGAGCCAGUAUGCCGAUAAAGAUGUUGUCUGUAAUCUUUUCACUGAGUUUCACUGUCUAGCUUUGGACAUUCUUGGAGAACUAGCGUACGGAAAGAGCUUCAAUAUGAUUCAGAGUCAGAGCCAUCCAUUUACGAAAUGGCUGCGGCAACGACAAACAUUGAUACCAUUGUGUAGCACAUAUCCAUCUAUCAACGACCAUCCUUGGUUGUUGAAGAUGCUGUUUCCGACUGGCUACCGCUCGUUCAUGAGGAUUCGGAAAUUUGGAGAUGAUUGUCUGGUAGAUAGUGCAAAGAACAAAACCAACACAAGACGAGACUUCACGCAAAUCCUCCGUAAAGCUAUGAAAAAUUGUGAUCCAAAUCAGCACAUGUCUCCAACAGAAUGUAGUCUGGCUUGCUUCAUGCUUAUAGUAGCGGGAACAGAUACAACAAGCAACUCAUUGUGUUUUACGCUGUACCUUUUGGCAAAGCAUCCAGAAGUGAAGGAUAGGCUAUUCAAUGACCUUGUGCGUCUCAUGCCAGAUAGUCAAGCGGUCUUGAAAUACAAGGAUAUUCGUAAGCAGGCUUUACCUUACUUGUGGGCUAUCAUUAUGGAAGCGACCAGAAUGUUCCCAGCUGUGCCUGGAGGUCUUCCCAGAGUUUGUCCAGCAAGUGGUGAGACCAUUGCGAAUCGGUAUAUACCAGGAGGGACCAUCGUGCAAGUACCAACGUGGUCCAUACACCACGACGCCAGUAUCUUUCCUGAACCAUUCACUUUCAUGCCAGAUAGAUGGCUACAGCUAGAGUCUAAUGAACUUGCAAAGUAUCACCUUGCUUUUUCACUUGGCCCACGAAUGUGUGCGGGAAAAAACUUGGGAAUGAUGGAGAUGACGCUCACACUGUGUCAUUUGCUAAGGAGAUAUGAUGUUCGUCUAAGCAACCCAGAAGAAAAAAUGGACCUUUUGCAAACAUUUGUUGCUAAACCAGCCUCCAUGACCACUAACGUGUACAUUUCUAAGCGCCAAAAGUGAAGGGAUAUAUGUGAACUAUUCUACACUAUAGUGAUAGCUAAUGUCAAACACUCAAAAGUUUCAGUAGUAGAAAUAUGUGUCUAGUACACUCUUUUACGCUAGGGUCAAAUAAUAGAAGAUAUCGC